AUGCUCGCGGUUUUGGUUGUGCUGUGUCAACUGCAUGUGACGGUGCUCGCGUUUCCUCACUGCCCUGGGGGAUUAAAUCACCUGAAGCAACCGGAAUGGAAAGGUGUGUUCACAUCUGCAAGGGAGGCAAAUUUAUUCAUUGGACGACAUCUUCUGAACAACAGAUUUGAUUUUGAAGCAUUCACAGAUGAUAACCUGGAAAGGGAAUGCUAUGAAGAACUCUGCAAUUAUGAAGAAGCAAGAGAAAUUUUUGAAGACCCUGAAAAAACGAUGGAUUUUUGGAAAGAUUAUUCAACUAAAGGCCCUAUAAUAAAAAUAGGUGAUGAGGCACUACAAAAGAUUAACGUCACAGGACUGCUCAUCAGCCUGGUUGCUGCUGGAAUACUGUUGGUUAUAAUUGCACUGAUUAUCUUCUACUGCUGCAAGAGCAGAUGCAAAUCAAGGCAACCACCAGAGCACUUGGCUUAUGUGAGGAGCAGAAGACGGAACUCAGCCAGCAUCUUCAGGAGGCACGAGGAGUUUUCCUUGAGCCCCGUUCCCCUCGGAGCCGAGGACUCGGGGCUGCCCACGUACGAGCAGGCGGUGACCGCGGCCGGCCAGCACAGCGUGCCCCCACCCCCUUACCCAGGGCCCCCCAGGCAUGCACGCUUCUUCCAAAAGUCCAUGUCCCUCCCUGGCCCCUAG